AUGUUGAUCUUCACCAUGGACAAGCAAAACAUAUUUCGAACACCGUUUAGUGAUCGCGAGUGCAAUAGUACAGGAGUUUUUUCACAACUUCAGAAUGGACAUUACUCAUCACAAGGCAGCUCAUUAUUGACAGGGUUUAAUGCCACUUCAAACCACGCUGCACAUGUUUCUUCCGAUCGUAUCGGUUGGCAACUGUACUUCCCGGGCGAAGGUAAUUUUAAAGCGUUUCAAAUAUAUGCUUUCACUACUACCAUAUCAUUGCUAACUUUUGCAGAUUUGUGUUCAUUGCGGACAAUAACAAAACACGUACGAUGCUUGGAGCAACACUAUACGGACUUUGUUGGCAAUUAUUCCCCAUCGGAAGUGGAGCGCUGCAGAAGCUUUGAGUUUAAGCUGCAGCUUGCUGAGACUGAUUUGUUUCUAAAGAAUUCGUGGCCAAAUUUUGAAGGAGAUUUGAAAGAAUGCCCUGAAUACACUAUAGCCUGUAUCGGACUUGCCAUGUAUCGGUUUGUAGCGGCACAGCGUAAACAUACACACGGUCCACCAACACCUGAACGCGGAUUACCGAAGAUAUGUCCACGUAUAAAUUACUUUGGUCCUGAAAUAUCAAUCGGUACCAUCGAUAGUCGGUAUGCAGACAGGCUGAUAACGAUUCGUGGCAUAAUUACUCGCAUAAGCCAGCAAUAUGAUAAUGCUACGUGGAGAACUUACAAAUGUAAACACUGUAACGAUACAAUAGUUUUGUCGCAGCUGGGCGAAUUUUAUACAUGCUCCAACUGCAAAGUGGGAGGUGGAAUAGAAUUUAUUAACACGUCUGUUUGGAAUCGAACUGACACCCACAGAAACUUUACCAUACAGGGAACGAUAUUACAUUCAAGGUCUAGUAAUGCCCUUGAUGUGUUAGUACCAGAUGGUAGCGGGAGUAAGCUUUUCCCUGGAGCUGAUGUGAGUGUAACAGGCAUUUUAAAGACCAUUUCUACAGAAAAACAUGCAACACAUAUGUUCUUGCAAACGGUUUGCAUGCGCACCAACAGUAGUAAGCCUAACGAUGUUGAUGUAGAACCAACGUUUAAUGCAAUCGACUUACAAGCCAUCAGAGAAAUUCAAUCUGAACCAUUUCCAUUCCAGCUAAUGGUACAAUCCAUCUGUCCUUAUGUGAAAGGAAUGGAGACAAUUAAAGCUGGUUUGCUUCUAGCGCUAUUCAGUACUACCUGCGACACACAUGUACUACUAGCUGGUACAGAGUGUGAAAUGGCACGACAGCUGAUUGAAUGUUUCGUAUCUGCAUCACCAAAAGGAAUACUGAUAAACGAUUCCAGUCAGACACUUGAUUUAGCCGUGAAACGUUUUCAUGCCGGACAAGAAGAUCCAGCGGUAUUGGCCAAUUUAGGCCUCUGUGGUAAAGAAAUUGAUAAGUUACACGCGUUGGAAAAGAUACUAAGUGGUGGUGUAACCAGUACAAAACAUUACAGUGCAAGCUAUAAUCAGGAAGUUCCGGCUCGAAUCAACUUGCUAGCAACGGUAUGUCCUAACCAAGGGAUGUUUGAAGUUAGCAAACCUUUCCUGGACCAUUUCAACAUUCCCCGCGCGUUUGUGGAAAGGUUUGCACUGGUAUUUCAAAUGGAAGACACAUUCGAUCCAGGAGAAGAGCUUAUCUGCUACAACGGUGUGCGCCUACAUUUCGAAAAACCCUCAACAACUAAAUGUAGCGUAGAAAUACCUUUGGUGAGAAAACUUAAGCUAAUCUCUGGUGACCAUUUCGAUCCUUUGCCCAUAGAACUAAUGCGGAAGUAUAUAGAUUAUGCUCGUCAACAUUGCAAUCCGGAAUUUACUGAUGAGUCAACAAAGCUGUUGGAGGGCUUCUUCUCCCAGAUGUAUUCGAUGCCUCAAUGGCUAAACAUGACAAAUGGAAUGAAAAUUGCGCAAAUUCAAAACAUGGUCCGCGCUAGGGCAAGGAUUGAUCUUUCUGCCGAAAUAACCACAGAGCAUGUGAUGGAUACCAUUCGGAUUGUAAGUCGCAGCUGGUACGACAAGUACGAUACGGACGAUCGUAAUCCAUCGGUGAAAUUACCUGCCAAACAGCGAACAACGAAAACGGCGACUGUUCGCAAAUUUCUUGAUGUUUUGCGAAAUCAGUCUGUGGAGUUGAACAAAAAGUUAUUCACCCUGAACGAUCUUCGGAAGUUGAUCAACGAAGUUGGUGUGCCAGGGGUGGAAGAUGAAAUCGUGGAAAGGCUAAACAUGCAAGGCUAUCUGCUAAAGAAAAGUGAAGGUCUCUAUGAGCUCCUUGUUUGAGCAGCUUUGUGCAGCAUGUGUAGGAAAUUGUAAAUUUUGCAUUGUUGUACAGCAAAUGUGUUAACUUAUC